AAGCGAGCCACCAGAGAGCGACAUGGUAUCAUCAUUCAACUUCAGCUAAUGUUCCGAUUUAUUUUUUACAAACUUAAUUCAGAAAUUAUAGAUUGUUUUAUCAGUUAAACCACUACAGACUGCUUUAAUGUAGUUAAACACGCCGAAUAAUCUCAGUUUAUUAGUUUGUAAAUGUGUAAUUGCGUCGCUACGACCGUUAGGACAGAUCAUUAUACUCAUACUUCCAACUGACGUAUUCAUAUGUCAACCUCGACGUAUAUAUUAAGAGUUUAUCGAGACAUAUGUAACUAAAGGUAAAAUGUAAUGUUUGUGUGAGUCAACAAGACAUAAAUGGUUAGAUGUAAAGUGACCUAAGAUUGAUGGUAAACACUCAGCAGCACUACUUCCUGAGUUUAGGGAAGGGGCUUGGUCCCGUGCCUGCGCCCCGCGACCGCGCAUCAAAUUAGCAUCGAUGAAGUUUGUGCGAACAUGGCGGAUUUCCUGCCGACCAGGUCCGUAUUAAAAGUUUGUCUACCCGUCUGCCUGCUUAACAACAGCGAGGUAGAACAGUUGAGAAAGUCGAAGGAGAUCGAUAAAUGUCUUUCUCGGGACAAAACGUACGUGAAACGGCUGGUGAAGAUCCUGCUGCUCGGCGCUGGCGAGAGCGGCAAGUCGACUUUCCUCAAACAAAUGCGGAUCAUCCACGGCCAGGACUUCGACCAGCAAGCCCGAGAGGACUUCAGAGCCACGAUUUACAGCAACGUUAUCAAAGGUAUACGUGUGUUGGUGGAUGCCCGGGAGAAGCUGCACAUCCCGUGGGGUGACCCAGACAACCAGCAGCAUGGGGACAAGUUGAUGGCGUUCGACACCCGGUCAGCCAAGAUGGCCAACGGGCAGCUGGAGACAUCCGUCUUCUUGCAGUACCUGCCCGCCAUCAGAGCUCUGUGGGUGGACUCGGGUAUACAGAAUGCCUACGACCGACGCAGAGAGUUUCAGCUGGGUGAGUCAGUGAAGUAUUUCUUGGAUAAUCUGGAUAAGCUUGGCGACCCGACUUAUCUUCCAACCCAACAAGACAUCCUGCUGGCCCGCAGGCCCACCAAGGGCAUCCACGAGUAUGACUUUGAGAUCAAGAACGUGCCCUUCAAGAUGGUGGACGUGGGAGGGCAGCGCUCAGAGCGGAGGCGCUGGUUUGAAUGUUUCGACUCAGUCACCUCCAUCCUCUUCCUCGUCUCCUCCUCCGAAUACGACCAGGUGUUGAUGGAAGACAGGCUGACCAACCGGCUGCGUGAAUCACUCAACAUCUUCGAGACCAUCGUCAACAACCGCGUCUUUGUCAACGUUUCGAUCAUCCUCUUCCUCAACAAGACGGACCUGCUGGAGGAGAAGGUGAAGAGCGUUCCGCUCAAGGACUACUUUCCCGACUACACCGGCCCCGAGCACAGCCUGCCGGACAUCCAGGCGUUCAUGGUGGAGUGCUUCCGGACCAAGAGACGCGACGCCACCCAGAAACCCCUGUACCACCACUUCACCACAGCCAUCAACACGGAGAAUAUCCGGCUGGUGUUCCGGGACGUCAAGGACACCAUUCUCCAUGACAACCUCAAACAGCUCAUGCUCCAAUGACCCCUGUCAACCUGUGAAAGUAGAGGACCUGAAUGGGGACAAACCACCCCCUUGUUCCUGAAGAGGACUUGGGAGAAACCAGCCUCAGAAGAAUCUGAUAGAUCUCAGUUCUUCUUCAGCCGUUUUUAUGUUAGUUUUUACUCUCCUCUUUUGAAGAGAUGGCCUUCUUGUUAGUUCGGGGUUUGGUAGGGGAACAAGUCAGUAGGGCAGACUGUCUGUGGUUAAAAAAAAAAAAAGAAAAAAAAAAAAGAAAGACAUGCAGGUGGUUUGGAUGUUGGAUAAGAUCUGCUACUUCGUCUUGAGACUCUGUCCUCUGACCUGAGAGCCUUCCAGCACAAGACUCGUUGAGGCUUUUCGACUAACAAGGUGCCGGUGCCUGGCGGAAACCAGCAAAACAUUUCACAAACCGGGCAUAUGGUUUUCCUAACCAGAUAUACAACUUACCAAGCUAUAACCACGGUGAAAUAAAUACUUUGUUAACAAGUUCAAACGGCAUGUAAGCAAAGUUAUAUGGUCAAAAUGUACAAAGACCAUCUGUCUGUGUUCUCAGAGUUUGAUUUGCCAGUCUAUGUCCUAGCACUGAAUUCAUCAAGUCCAAAUUCACUCCAUUAUUUAUGUUGCACUGCCCAGUGCUACCUUGUGAAUCCCUGUAGUUUUUAGACAGGAUUGUCAGCUUAUUGAUGAUCUGGUCUACACAUUUGUUUUUGUUUGUUUUUUUUCUCUUGUAUUCUUGCACCACAGUUCCUCUUUCUCCAAAUCCCGGUUGUUUCUAUUUCUUGGUUCGAGAUCAGCAGGUUUUAGGUUUCGGCACAGAGCCAUUUUUUGCUAUGACAAGGACCAGUUCAUGGUUAAGAUACAAAGAGCAGUUCAAGAUUUGAUGUGUAGAUCGGCUCCAGCACUGGCACCUUGUCUGUGGAAGACUGCGAGAAUUAACCUAUGAUGCCUUUCCAUAAAAUGUCUUAAUAGAGACCUAAUCACUGUGCCAGGGUCUCUAGAUAAUUUAAAAUCAAUCUUAGCUAAAACAAGUUUCCAUGCAAGUUGUGCUUUUUUUUUUUUUUUUUGGUCAUUCAGAAAAUGACCUUUUAUUGGCACAUUUGGCAGAUGUGCCAACAAGUGAACAUGCAGUCCACUGUUUUCUCAGGGUUGAAACAAAAACCGGCGUUCAUGAUGAUGUCAUUGUUGAAUGAUUAGAAUAAUCUAAUCUUUAUCUGGGUGGCAGAGCGGCGAGACUCAGCCAGGCCUCAGUACAAGUUAGCUGGGUGGUGAUUGGUACUGUAUCCUCCUGGCUUUGACCCCAGAACGUUGGCCCAGACCCCCCCACCCCCACCCCUCCUCUGUUUUCAUCUCUGAUUAGAUGCCUUGUAAAGGGACAGACCUCCUGUAUGCCUGAAUGAUGAAUGUCUAUUAAUAAAUGAGCAGAGGUUUGUUCUGCGUGUGUCUGAAUAUACUGUAACCAACACUGUUAUGGUGAGAUGUACCCCGUCAUGUGAGAAUAUCUGUGUUGGCACUGAGUUUUGACUCCAGACGUCUUUGAAAAACCCCUUGAAGGGAUUUUUUUUUCAUGCAUUCUUGUGCUGUUUAGGAUUUCCCUUUUUAAAAUAUAUUAUGAAUUUGUAGGAAAAAAAAUAUAUAGACAAAAAAAGCUACUGGAGUUGAAUACCUUUGUCAGCGACUGUAUUCUUUGUUAGAGGACAACUUCCAGGCACUGUUAAAAUCUCUGCUUCUCUGCCAAAUUAAAUCACCCCAUGCUUUCUUGGGACUGUUCACACAGAAGGCAAGCUCAUGGUUGAGCUUCAGUUUGCUUGCAGUCCUCGCUUUGUACAUACUGUAAUCUGUUGCCAUGUAAAUAAUAUUCAGGUUUAUCUCCUUUAUAUGUAAAUGGUUGUAGAAAUGGCGUAUUUUUUCCAUUCUGAAUGUGUUUCAAUCAUUGCUUUUCCGAUUGAAGAUGACCUUUUGAUGUAGAUGUAUUUUUGUGUAAUUUUUUCCAUCACCUUACUGAAAUUCAUUCCUGUGUCAAUUAUAAUGCCACUCUAACCUUAUCAAUAAAAUACACUUUUCUAAUGAA